AUGGAAAAAAAAUAUCCUGAAAGAUUACAAUUAGAAAUAAUAGGAACUUCGAUAGAAAAAAGACCAAUCUAUUUAGUAAUUAUAUCUGAUAAUUCUUAUGAUCAUGAAAAAAUGGCUACGUUAAUAGAAGCUGGAUCUGACGGAUCUGAUCGGUUAGCAAUUGCAUCGGCGCUAUACCUCAUAGAUUUUAUCACGAAAAACAAAAGUUUAGUAAAGAUUACGAAUUACAUAAUUCUACCAUGUUUAAACCCAGACGCUUAUCAUAAAACUAUCAAUAAGUGCCCAACAAACUCAACUCCUUUGAACUUAUCCUGUAACUAUCCUUUGUUACUAGGUGUGAACUACAUGGGAGAUAUUAGUACGGAAUUAUUCUUGGAAGCUAUCGGAAAAUGGAAGCAAAAUUUUAAAUUCGAUUCACCGGUAACAAAAGCUUUUUACAACGUAUUAAAUAAUUUUGAAUCAUCGAUAAAAUUAUUUGUAUCUUUACAAGAAAACGGAAAAAGUCUCGUCUAUCCUUUUGGUUGUUCUACUGAAGAAGCGUUUGACGCAGCCGACCUUGAACAAGUAGCUCUGUCUGCUCAAUCUGUCAUGAAACGUAUCAAUUUUGAGAUCGCGCCAUUGUGUGAAAUUUCCGGCAUAGUUUUCGGAUCUGUUAUUGAUUUUUUAAAAUUUUAUUACAGACAUAUUAAAUUUACGUAUAUCUUUAAUAUUAAAGAUAAGCACAAAGUUAGCAGAACUGGUGAUAUUUUGAUUUACGGAGACGAUAUUCUGCGUUGUAUCAAAUCUUUGGCAAAAAAUGUAUUUAUGAUUUAUAACAGACUGAAUAGUAAAUAUAAGUGCAAUUAA